AUGCUUGUGACUGAGUUCGUUCAAAGUGCUUUGGAAUUCUCCGAUACCAAUGAAUCUUACUCACCGAGCAUGAGUGCGGGUGUACAUGACAGCCUCCACGGCGUGCUACAAAAUGGGACGCCCAAAGGCAUGGCUAAAACCCCAUGGGUGGAUCACACUGCUCCUCUAGAUAACCUAAUAUCAGAAAUAAAUGACUUUCUGGGAUCGGGGCCUCCUUGCUUCUCUCAGCCAAAGCUCCCACAUUAUGUUCAAAAUAUACCUUCUUGGUUUGCAGAGGAGGAUAUAUCUUAUCUGAUGUCGAAGGACGCUUUCACCACACCCGAUCAAACCCUAUGCCGGGAGCUUCUACGAUCUUUCAUCGAAUGUGUUUACCCAUUCAUUCCAGUUCUAGAUCUGAGCUGUUUACUAAACGCAUUCUGCGGCAAUGGCCAGUCGGAGAAAAUCAGUCUCCUCCUUUUCCACGCCAUCAUGUUCUCCGCAGCAGCAUUUGUGGAUGCAAAACAUCUCUACAAUGCAGGCUAUCAGACGAGACGAAAAGCUCGAGAGGAUCUAUUUUCAAAAACGCGAGUCUUGUAUGACUUUGACUACGAGAAUGAUCGGGUCACCACCAUCCAAUCCUUGCUGUUGAUGACAUACUGGCAUGAAACUCCGCAAAACCCCAAAGACUCCCAGCAUUGGCUCGACGUGUGUUGGUCACUGGGGAGUUCAAUUGGCCUCCAUUGUGACCCUUCAACGGUGCAGAUCUCUUGUGAUCACCGUAGAAUCUGGAAGCGGCUAUGGUGGUGCCUAUAUACACGGAAUCGUCUCAUUGCCCUCAACCUACGAAGGUCAAUCAGUUUCAAAAAGCAUACUGGUCGAAAUAUGCCCUUUCUUGAUCUCGAGGACUUCGAUAUCCAGCGAUAUUCCGACAAAGCGAUCAAGAUCUUCGACGACUGCGAGUUUCUCAGGGAUCUCAGUCUUCAAGAGAGAUCCGCUGUCAGUUUCAUCGAGAAAGCAAAACUCUCUGUCCUGAUUUCCGAGGUGGCAAUUCUGCGCGACUUCCGAAAUUAUGGGUGCCCAAGCCCAGGCACACCUGGGAAUGAUGAAGAUGGAUGUUUUGGGGCAUGGAUGGAGCAGUAUGGGAAGACACUGGGGGCGCUUCAUUUAUGGCAUGCUAAGGCGCCAGCAGACAUGGAGAGAACCAACCAACAGAACCAUAUUCUCUAUGUUCAACAUGCGUGGAUUCGCCUAGUGUUCCUUACGACGCUUGGCACACUUUAUCGCGAAAUUGCAUGUAUCACCAUGCCAUACCAUGAAAAGCCAGCAUACCCGGAUCGACAGGUCUUGCAGGAGAUGUCUUCCAUCAUGCAGGAUCUUCAUAAUUUGGGUGUUGUUUACUUACUCCCAACCACCGCAGUGGCAUUGCUAGUUCCUGUUUUGGUCAUGCAUUUCUCCGAUUUGAGAUCUAGUUCAGACGGCCUGCAACUCCCGGGGUUCCAAAACUUUUAUAGAUGCAUGAGGGUUUUAUCCUCCCUUGGCGAUACUUAUUCAUUUGCAGUCAUCGUUCAUCAAUUCUUUGAAGAUGCUUUGGGAAAUAUCAGUGGUGCAAGCCCACCGGUUGUUCCAACAUCGAUUCAAGAUCUCUUGACUUCAAAAGAGCAUGAAUCGCUAAUCAAGGCUCAAGCCGCAAGAUCAUCGGGAGAUCCUGCGACCUGGAAGGGUCUCCCAUCUAUCUUGUAA